AUGCCUCCUCGUCGAGUCUCUCUCCUUGGCUCAUCCUACAAUGAUACUGGCAUCACACCAGACCACCAAAAUCAUUGGAUGAAUCAGAAGUACACCGCGCGGCUUUCCAUUUUUCAGAAAGGCCUUGGUACCCAGCGCAACCAAAUUAUCGGACACCAAGAAGUUUCGGUGUCUGGCCCAGGCCCAUUUCAUACAGGGCAAGGUCCCCAAAACAAUCACUACCAUAACGCAUCUGCGUCAGGUGCACUCAAUAUUGGUACCCAGAAUGUCUAUUGCGCGGCAAAUUAUUCAGACGCCUUCCCAAACGCCCAGGGUGCGGAAAAACUUCAGCAGUAUGCACAGCACAUCGUCCGUGCCCUGAAUAUCGCCCAGCAGCAGCAGCAGCCUCAGCGCGGCAGUGCCGUGCCUGGGGGCCAGCCUCCCACAGGUGGUAAAAAUCCCGCCGAACGCCAGAAGACGCAGGAGACAGUUGUGGUCGAACACGUUGUAAGGACUGCCUGGCAUUCUCUAUCAGAAGAGGAGUACCAGAAGAUCAUCCAUGAACGUGCGAAAGCCACGUUUCACAACGCUACCGACGCUGAGAUCACACUUCUUGAAAAUGCAAUCCGUGUUUACAUCACGAUAUGCAUCGAGCGAGGCUUCAGGCAUGACGAGGUUACGCACUCAAUCCAUGAGACGGCUACUCGCUGGGACACGGCCUGGAGAAAUCCGUACAAUAAUGCUCAUUCUGAUCCCGUCGUCGUAAACAUCCUCAAGUGGUGCAACGAGGGUUACAUGGAUAUGAACGAAGUCCGCACUCUGAUUGCGAAUGCUCCGGCCAAAUUUGUUCCAGUCGAGCCCAAAAAGGGGCGAAAGUCGCAGGACCGGGCCGCGCAAUCUCAGUUUCGUGCCAAUGGCAAUGGUUCACUCAACCAUCUUCUGCCUCAGGAGCUGAGUCGUCCCACCCCUAGCGAUCGUCGCGUCUUCCCAAAGAAGAGCCAGCAUAUGGAAAAAGUAUUUCAAUUCGCUACGAAGUCUUUUGAGCACCAGCAGUUCGUCGACGUAAUGGUCGAGGCGCACGUUCAGAGGCUUGUGAAAGACGGGUUCACGCUUCAGGCAGCCGUUCGCCGCAUUGCACAUGCUGCGAUGUGGCUUAGGGGCAAGCCGAUUGAAGGAGAUGCCCAGGAUGCUGAUCGAUCUAUGGUUUCAGUGCUUGUCAACUGGGGCGCAAAGAACAAUAUCAGCGGCAGCGAUGUCAAGGGGAUGGUCAGGGAGGCGGCGAAGAAGUUUGGUCCACGGCUUGAUCGCAACGGAUAA